GUCUGAUGUACGAUACUCUGGCCCAGCUGCAAAAUUAAGACCCCAUCUUUCCCCAGGGGAACCAGAAGAUCCACCUGAAAGUGAUCCUGUUGACCAGAUUGUCGCUCAUAGACUCUGGCUUGGAUUUUUGAUAGAUCGUUUUGAGGUUGUCCGACAUAAUAGUGCCGAGCAACUGUUGUUGCUAGGUCGGUUGUUACAACGGAGUACAGACCUUGGCUGGUGCUUUACUCGCCACCCUGCAGCCGCUGGUUCCUUUUUUUCUUUGAUGCUCCUUGGACUGAAAUUCUGUUCAUGCCAGACUCAAGGCAAUAUGCAGAAAUUUAGAUCUGGGCUCCAGCUGUUAGAAGAUCGCAUCUACAGGACCUCUUUAGGCUGGUUUGCUCAUCAGCCAGAGUGGUAUGAUGUAAAUAUUCCAAACUUUUGUCAGAGCGAGGCUGUAUCUGUUUCAGUCUUUGUCCACUUUUUAUCAAACGAGCUAUCAGAAUCAAGUCAAUCUGAUUCCAAAGGAAAAUCUCGUGAAAGUGGGAAUUUGAUUGAUGUGACUGAUCAGUAUCAUCCUGUCUGGGGUGAGAUGGACAACUACACUGUGGGAAAAGAAAAGAGGAAGCAGUUGCUUUUAAUGCUCUGCCAGCAUGAAGCUGACAGGCUUGAAGUUUGGGCACAACCUAUUAGCUCAAAGGAUAGUCCUUAUUCGCGGCUGAAAAUAAGCUCUGAGAAAUGGACCGAAUAUGCUAAAACAGCCUUUUCAGUGGAUCCUCGCAUUGCUUUGUCAGUUGCCUCAAGAUUUCCGGCAAAUGCUGCUGUGAAAUCUGAAGUCACUCAGCUGGUUCAGACACAUAUUGUAGAUCUUCGUACAAUUCCUGAGGCGUUGCCGUAUUUUGUUACACCAAAAAAUGUUGAAGAGAACUCAGUACUGUUGCAGCAGCUCCCACACUGGGCUGCUUGUUCAAUUACACAGGCUCUUGAGUUCCUCACUCCUGCUUAUAAGGGACAUCCACGUGUCAUGGCAUAUGUCCUACGAGUUCUAGAGUCUUACCCUCCUGAACGAGUUACCUUUUUCAUGCCGCAGUUGGUGCAGUCUUUGCGCUAUGAUGAUGGGAGGCUGGUUGAAGGCUAUCUUCUUAGAGCUACCCAAAGAAGUGAUAUAUUUGCCCAUAUUCUCAUUUGGCAUUUGCAGGGUGAGGAUCUUCAGGAAACUCCAAAGGAUGGUUCUAUUGAUAAGAAUGCGGCAUUCCAAGAAAUUUUGCCAGAGGUUCGGCAGCAUAUUAUUGAUGGUUUCAGUCCCAGUGCCUUGGACAUGUUCACUAGAGAGUUUGACUUCUUUGACAAAGUUACUUCUAUUUCUGGGGUGUUAUUUCCUCUUCCAAAGGAAGAACGCAGAGCCGGUAUUAGAAGGGAGUUAGAGAAAAUCGAAAUGCAAGGAGAUGACCUUUAUUUGCCAACUGCUCCUAACAAGCUUGUUAGGGGUAUCCGUGUAGAUAGUGGAAUACCUUUACAAUCAGCUGCCAAAGUUCCUAUCAUGAUAACAUUUAACGUUGUUGAUCGUGAUGGUGACCACAAUAAUGUAAAACCACAAGCUUGCAUUUUCAAGGUUGGAGAUGAUUGCCGGCAAGAUGUUCUUGCCCUUCAAGUGAUAUCUCUUCUGAGAGACAUAUUUCAAGCGGCUGGUAUUAAUCUUUAUCUUUUUCCAUAUGGAGUACUCCCAACUGGUGCCGAGAGGGGCAUAAUUGAGGUUGUGCCUAAUACAAGAAGCAGAAGUCAAAUGGGUGAAACUACCGACGGGGGUUUGUAUGAGAUUUUUCAACAAGACUAUGGACCUGUCGGCUCAACCACCUUUGAAACAGCACGAGAGAACUUCCUCAUCAGCAGUGCUGGUUAUGCUGUCGCUAGUCUUUUACUCCAGCCCAAAGACAGACACAACGGAAAUCUCCUCUUCGAUGACGUGGGAAGACUUGUCCACAUCGACUUUGGUUUCAUCUUGGAAACUUCACCAGGUGGAAACAUGCGGUUUGAGAGUGCUCAUUUCAAACUGAGCCACGAAAUGACUCAGUUGCUAGAUCCCUCUGGUGUUAUGAAGAGCAAAACAUGGCAUCAGUUUGUGAGCUUGUGCGUAAAGGGAUACUUAGCUGCUCGGCGGCAGAUGGACGGAAUCAUCAGCACGGUGCAAAUGAUGCUAGAAAGUGGAUUGCCUUGCUUUAGCAGAGGAGACCCAAUCGGUAAUCUUAGGAAAAGAUUUCACCCAGAAAUGAGCGAACGUGAAGCUGCACACUUCAUGAUUCAUGUAUGUACUGAUGCAUAUAACAAAUGGACUACUGCUGGAUACGAUUUGAUUCAGUAUCUGCAACAAGGCAUCGAGAAGUAAGAAGAGGGAAUUCAAUGAUAUCCGAAAUCAGAGUUAUAUAUGAUUUGCAGGUAAAAAAAAACUUCAAAUCAUGGGAAUAUUCUGGUUUGCUAUUAUCCCCUUCAGUGGGACAUUCUGACUAAUUUACUUAAAAAGGGAGGAAUUGAGGAUUUAUUCUUUAUUCUUUUGUCGUAGGGGUUUGCUAUGCACGAAAAAAGUAACAAAAGAAAAAGAUAAAGAGAGUCUUGUGGUGUGGUGAUUUUCGAUAACUUGAGGGUGCAAGCUAUUAGUAUGAUAUAUGAUCUUUGAUAUUUUUCUUCUUAGCUUAGCAACAUUAUCACGCCAAUGGUUGAAACUUGUUCCUUUUAAUAUUAAUGAUUAUUUGAUUCAAUGAUGAUGUUUAAACUCUUAUGUACUGUA